CAACGGCGUCGAGGUAUGACGUUGGGCGUAAAAGUAGAUUCCCGUUUGUGUUUGUGUGUGUCCCAUGAGCUCUUACUAGAAAUAGCUCAAGACGAUGCUUUUCAGUCACGAAGUACCUCUGUUGAAACUGGUUACGUACUUACUCGCUAUGCCACCCGCAUCAUGCCCAGUUCUUCGCUGCUGACAGAUUUUCCCGCCGAUCCCAGAAAGGUUCCCGAAUUCCCGCCCGAUUUAGAGAACGGUGACACAGCUGCGUUAUUUCAAAGCGUCCAAGGCCGGUGUGCUGUAAUGAGCACCGUGUCUCUAACUACUUCCACUUACUCAUCGAGCUCUGAGAAGCUAAGCAAAACGGACUCCACCACGUUGUCCAAGAAGAAAGAGGAACUGCUUCGUAAUUUUACGAGGAGUUACAGCCUGACGAGCAACAACGAAGCACCUUUCAAGCUCAGCUCUGGUGACCGGAGGUUUUCCUUCGAUGAUAUUUUGGAUGAGAAAGAAGAGGAUCUGAGACCGGAGCGUACAGCUUCUUUAUCGCAAUUAUUAGAUUUAGAAGGAGUCCACGUAGAACACAAAAGUCAAGACACUGUGCGCCAGUCAUCUCGAACUUCGUCCAUGGAAACCAUGUCCAGUGGUGAUAAUAGGACACGGAUCUUUGCCAAAAAGAAAAUUAUGCACGACAUUUCAUCAUCGCUGUCUUCUCUCUCGAAGGUGACAAUAUCCUCUAAAGCAUUUAGCAGUCAGUCCACUCAGUCAGCUCAAAAUUUGAACCAUACAGGUACAAAUGAAACUAAAAGCUGUCCAUUAUCUCAGGUUUUUCAGCGAUCUAAAAAUAGUCCUACCUCCAAGACGGGCUCUAAUCGACCUCCUCAGGCACCAAAAGCAGAUAAGCUUCAGGAUGAUUUUGACUUAUUAGCGAAAGCUGUUGAAUCUCCUGAUCAGGAGCUGGCUAUGGGUCGCGUGAUAGCACGUAUGGAUGCUCUCAUCGAUAACCUGAAAAAUGCGAUCUGUAAGAAAGAAGAGCUGGAUACACUCUACUUGAUGAAUGACCUCAUAAGAAAAUCUUGGGCUGUCAGCACUGUAGGUUAUGACUUGGGAUCUAGUCUCUGUAAAAGCCUCCUGAAUAAAGGUGGCAUUGAACUGCUGCUUAACAACUUCACUUCUGAGGAUGACGCCAUUAAAUUUGAAAGUGCACGUUUACUGGAACAAACGCUGACUACUGAUGUCCGUUCUUACAUUGCCACGAAAGAUCUCUCAACUGUUGUCCAAGUAGCAUGCGAAUGUUCCACAUCUCCUUGCGUUGAGAAAACUCGAGUCGGGGCAGGCAUUCUGGAGCACCUUUUCAAGACAGAAGAACACACUUGUGAUGAGGUGAUUCGUCUGGGUGGCCUAUCUGCCAUCCUCUACGAGUGCAGGAACAUGGAUAUUGAAACAUUGAGGCACUGUGCCGCAGCUUUGGCAAACCUGUCAUUACAUGGGGGCCAUGAAAACCAGGAGGCCAUGAUACAACACAAAGUACCAGAAUGGCUGUUUCCACUUGCUUUUCAUACGGACGACAACAUCAAAUAUUAUGCAUGCCUGGCCAUUGCAACACUUGUUGCUAACAAAGAAAUUGAAGCCGCAGUAUUGAGGUCCGGAACACUAGACCUCGUCGAGCCCUUUAUUACUACUCAUUCUCCAGCUGAGUUCGCUCAAAGUACCGUUGCUCAUGUACAUGGACAAUCCAAGACUUGGCUAUUGAAACUAAUACCCGUCCUCAAUAGCAAAAGAGAAGAAGCCAGAAGUUUAGCAGCUUUCCAUUUUGCCAUGGAAGCUGGCAUAAAAAAGCGACAAGGAAAUACAAGUCUGUUCCGUGAGAUUGGGGUAAUCAACUGUCUGAAGAACGUUGCUAGUUCUCCAAAUGCUCUUGCCUCUAAAUAUGCAGCACAAGCUCUGCAACUCAUAGGAGAACCCGUGCCCCAUAAGUUGUCCCAACAAGUGCCUUUGUGGACAGUCGAAGAUGUUGUCGAGUGGGUAAAACAGAUUGGCUUCUCUGAAUACACUCAGGAAUUUCUGAAUAGCAGAGUAGAUGGUGAUUUACUCUUACAAAUGACAGAAAAGUCCUUAGAAAAUGACAUAUGUUUAGCAAAUGGACUGCUAAGGAAAAGGUUCCUAAGGGAUCUGAACCAACUCAAGUGCUUGGCUGACUAUUCUUCAUGUGAUACAACAUCUUUGAGCUCUUUCCUACAAAGUACCGGACCUGAAUUCUGCCAAUAUACCUAUCAGAUGCUGCUGAGUGGUGUCCAAACAGACAGUCUCAGGGACCUCGUUCCAGAGCAGUUGGAAGAGGAAUGUGGCAUCACCAACAGUAUCCAUAGAAUGAGGCUGAUGCGGGCCAUCAAAGGCUUGAGUUGUAACCGUAACGGCCUUGACUCUGGUGAAGAACUGAAUCCUAAAAGUUUGGAUGUAUUCAUUAGCUACCGGAGAUCAAAUGGAUCACAGUUAGCGAGUUUAUUAAAAGUCCAUCUACAACUCCGAGGUUUUAGUGUUUUCAUUGAUGUAGAACGUCUUGAGGCAGGAAAAUUUGAUAACAACCUCUUGAAUAGUGUAAGACAAGCAAGGCAUUUUCUACUUGUUCUGACUGCUAAUGCUUUGGACCGGUGUAUCAACGACACCGAAUGUAAAGAUUGGGUGCAUAGAGAAAUUGUGGAAGCACUAAAGUGUCAAUGUAACAUCAUUCCAAUUUUGGAUAACUUUCAAUGGCCAGAAGCAGAAUCCUUGCCAGAAGAUAUGAGGGCCGUUUCUUAUUUCAAUGGUGUUAGGUGGAUUCAUGAUUACCAAGAUGCAUGUGUAGAGAAACUGGAGAGAUUUAUGAGAAAGGAAAUGAAUGUUCGAGCAGAUGGACCCAUCGGGAAACAUCUAGGAAUUGAAGGCUCAGCGUCGCCAGACAAAUUUUCUCCUUUAAACAGAACUUUGCCUCAUGGCUGUCAUCACAAUAAUAUCAAUGACAGCGGCAGCAACAGUAGGUGAGAUCACCGUCUGGUAUGACAACCCGAUAGGUGUGUACAUUAAACGUCUAGAAGUGGAGCUCAUAACUAAUGAAGCAAUACAAAUGCAUACAGCGUUUGUUAAAUAAUUCUUGGAAAGAUCCAUAACCAUCGAAGCCAAGAAUUUCUGCUCUUCUCUUUCAAAAAGGGGAAACUUUAAGUUGAGCACAGAUACAUCAUAUGCAAAUGCUACUAAAAUAAGUGAUAUUUUUUGUUCCAGCCAAGAUAAGCAAAUAUGUUUGCAACUUAAUUUUAAACACAUGUAUUUAUUUUUGAAACAGUAUUUUUUCCAGCUUGGAAGAAUUUUUCCAUAUUUAGUGGUUUAAGUAAAACAGGAAUUUUAUUUUAGUCUAUCGUUACAAGAUUUUAGCAUAAUUUUCUGUAAAUGAUGUACAGUGUAUACAAUAUUGAGAAAUAAAAGGAACUAAAUGUAAAGAAGUUAUACAAUCAGAAAUGAAAAUUCUAAGUUCAGAACCAAGCAAAAAAUUAUUAGCCAAACCCAGCAACUGUAAAAUUAACUCUAAAUUAAAACUGAGUGAAUUAAACUGUAUGGAUUUGAUUAUAAAUUUAAUAAAAUGUUAUUAUAUGAUAACGAACCGUGAGUAUUUCCGUAUACUAUCUUUUCAAUGCAAAUGAACCACGAAAAUAAACUCACGUGGCUAUUCGGAUCGUUUUAAUUCCAUGAAUAAAGUGGGUGGAUAGAUGUGGUCUUCGACAAAAGGGCGUUUUAUGACUUUAUAUCACUAUUUAGCUCAGUAUAACUUAAUAAAAAGUUACAAAAUACAAUCACUAUUUAGCUCAGUAUAACUUAAUAAAAAAAGUUACAAAUUAUUCAACAAUAUUUUUUUAGGAAAUGCCAUUAGUAAUAACACUUUACCCUAUUAAAGCAGCUAUUAAAUAAAGUUUUUGAAUCUCCUAAAAUGCGUGUUUUUUUACUUGAUAUCCCAUCUAAAUGCAUCUAAAUGUUUCUUCAGAGUUCAAGUGAGGGUUGCGUGUCCCUUUCUGGUCCUAAGAAAGCAAAUAUUGUUGUAGCACAUAAUAUAACAAAAAAUAGAAAUCAACUCGCUAAUACCAUAACUGUACUAUAAAAUAAUUAACAUACAGUACUGUAAAAUAGUUUGAAGUUUUCAGAAUGAGAGAAUGAUAAAAUAUUGCAGAAAAGAAUCAUUAAAUUUCAUUGCUAUUACAGGAUAACCGAGAUUUGAAUAAAACUAUACGGAAAUUUUUUUAAUUCCUAAUAUUUAAAAAGAGAUUAAAAAAUUGAAUUGCCGAAGAACAUAUUUCAUAUAAUUUAUAAAACUCAAGCAGCUUUGGAAAGUUUUGAACUGAAGCAAAGUUAAAAAUAUUUAAAACAAGCUGCAAAAUAAAAUAAAAUUGCAAUUCAAAGCAUUUUUUCGGGAAUUAACUUGAAUUUACCUUGAGCUUUUUUCUGUGCCUUACUUUUGAUUCUGUAAGCAGAGUUAGUUGCUGUAAUUUUGCUACUUCAAAAUAUUGUUUUGAAUUUUACGCUUUUACAACAGACGAUAUGUAAAUAAUUUCUAGUCAAUGUUAGGAAUAAUAUUUCACACUGAAUACAUGACUUGUGCUUUUUUUUCUUCUUGAAACUGCAAAAUUGUCACUUUAAAAAAUGCAUUAAAAGUCUCUCCUUGUCUUCAGAGCAUUAACACUUUUUAUUUAAAAAAUUCCACCUCAAGUUUAACUAUUUUUGUUUUAAGAUCUUGAAUUAAAUCUGAUAUUAUGACAAUAAACAUUAAAAAUCUCUAUGUUAUUAAAGUCCCCAUGCAUGAGAUAUUUAUCGAGUGUUCUUAGAAAGCAUAUUUGUGAUAUCGCGUAUAUGUGUUAUUUAAGACACGUACAGGCAAUAUUUAAAUUUUUUAGGUUUUAUAUGAUUUUUUUCUCAAAGUGUACAUUUAUUAUAGAUUUAUGCUUCCACGCAAAAUAAUUUAUAGUAUAUAUUAGCAUUUAUAAAAUAUUUAAAUUUUAGAAUACUUGAAAGAAGACAGAAUUACUUGCAAUAUAUAAGAAAUAUUUUUUUUAAAUAUUUCAUGUUUUUCACAAGAAAUACAAAUAUAUAAAUUUUAAAUAAUCAUUUUAUACACUAUAAUAUGUGAUAACAUUAUGUAAAAUUGACUAAAAUUAAUAAUUUUCUGUCGUGUAAUCGUACUGUUAUGGCUUGUGCAUUGUUGGAUGACUUAGCUGAAGCGCUCCUAGCUAUGGAUUAUUAUGUCGUAAAGAAAUCUUGCAAAAUUCUAUACUCAGAAAAUGUGAAGAUUUUUUAAUGACUUUGUUGUAAUUAUGUAGCUGUACUAUGUAGAAUAUGACUCUCUAAGAGUAAAGGGCUGAAGAAAAAGUGUCUUGGAAAGAAAGGGGGACUAUUCAAUAUGAAUAACAGAUCAGUAUGAUUAGAUAUAUUCCUUUUCAACAGCAAAGAAAUAGAACAUUUUUAAAAAUUAAAAAUAUAUUGCUUCAAUAUUCGAGUGAAAUGUCUUGUCAGUCUUAAAAACAUACUAGUCCAAAUAAUGUAAAUUAUUUGAUUUGUUUACGACAGAAAUUGUGCAUGUUAUUUAAAAUAAAAUGUGUUGUAACUUGUU